AUGACGCUGUCCCCGCUAACCAAGGUCCUGGCAGCUCUUGCCUCUGUCCUCUCCUUCGCAACGAUACCCCAUUCCCUCGCCUCAGACACAGAAUGGCCAAUCCGCGACACAGGACUCGGCGACAAAACCGUCCAAUGGGACCACUACAGCCUCAUCUACAACGGCGAGCGCCUCUUCUCCUUCGGCGGCGAGUUCCAUCCAUUCCGUAUCCCCGUCCCAGAGCUCUGGGUCGACAUCAUGGAGAAGAUCAAGGCCUCGGGGAUGAAUACCAUGUCGUUCUAUAACCACUGGGGGUUCCACAUGCCGACCUCUGAUCCGGGCUCGUUGGAUUUCGAGUCUGGUGCACAUGAUCUCGGCAGGUUGUACGAGAUCGCGAAGGAACUUGGUCUCUUUGUGCAUUCGCGGCCGGGGCCGUAUAUCAAUGCGGAGCUGAAUGCCGGAGGAAUGCCCCUGUGGAUUACGACGGGGGAAUACGGUGCCCUGCGCGACAAUAAUACAGCCUGGGAGGCGAAGUGGAAACCGUACAUGGAUCGCGUGGCGGAGAUAACGGCUCCCUACCAGGUCACACGAAACGGCACUGUCAUCCUCUUUCAGAUCGAGAACGAGUUCCCGCAACAGUGGGCCGAUGUCGAGGCUAAGACGCCUAACCCGGUGCCGAUUGCGUAUAUGGAGGAACUGUUUGAGCAGAUGCAGGCUAGGGGCAUCGAUAUUCCACUAACGCAUAAUAUGCCCGGGCAGCGGUACAAGUCCUGGUCUGUGGAUUAUGACACCGUCGGUGCAGGUGGAAAUGUGCAUAUCUAUGGGUUGGAUAACUAUCCAUCCUGCUGGUCGUGCAUGCCGGAGGACUGCAGCACCUCGAACCCGUCAUUCACGCUCAUGGACUACACCGCACACUUCAACGAAGUAUCUCCCAAGCAACCAUCCAUGAUGCCCGAGUUCCAGGGUGGCGCCAUGAAUCCCUGGGACGGCCCGGCAGGCGGAUGCGAGGCAAAAACCGACGACGCGUUCGUCAACUUCUACUACCGCGACAAUGUCGCUCAGCGCGUGACAAUCCUCGGCCUGUACAUGUUUUACGGCGGGACGAACUGGGGAUGGCUCGCCGCGCCGUUUGUUCCGACGAGUUAUGGCUAUUCCGCGGCGAUUGCGGAGAACCGAGCGAUCGGGGCCAAGUUUUAUGAGAUCAAGAGCCUUGCGCUGUUCACCAGGUCGGCAACGGAUUUGACCAAGACGGAUCUCGUGGGAAAUAGUACGUUGUACACGAAUAAUGAGGCCGUCACGACGAUUGAGCUCCGUAAUCCGGAUACUGAUGCAGGAAUCUAUGCGAUUCGACAUACGGAUCCAACGAGUAAUGAUGAGCAGACGUUUAGACUGUCUGUGCGGACUUCGGUGGGCAAUUUCACGCUGCCAACUCUGGAGCAGGGGACCAUCGGUCUCAACGGGCAUAUCCAGAAGAUUCUGGUGACGGAUUUCCGCUUCGGCAAUAGAAACUUGAUCUACUCGACGGCCGAGGUUCUCACUUAUGGGAUCUUCGACAAGGAGCCGACGCUCGCCCUAUGGGUUCCCAAUGGAGAAGGCGGGGAGUUCUUCGUACAGGGUGCAAAGUCUGGCAAGGUGGUUGCUGGAGGGAAGGCAGAGGUCAAGUUUUCCCGGUCACGAGAAGGAUUGAUUGUCAACUUCAAGGAGCAACAAGGCAUGACAGUGCUAAUGCUUGACGAUGAUGCCCGGGUUAUUGUCAUGGAUCGGGACACUGUGCAUCUGUUCUGGGCUCCUGCGUUGACGAGCGAUCCUCGAGUGCCGGCCAACCAAGUGGCUUUCGUUCAAGGACCAUACCUUGUAAGGUCGGCGAAACUCGAUCGUCACACUAUAUCUCUCCGCGGCGACUCGAGCCAGGCAACCGAACUCGAGGUGUUUACUGAAAGCCGAGUCCACACUGUGAAAUGGAAUGGGAAGACCUUAGCGACCCACAAAACCAAAUACAAUAGCCUCAAGGCCAAGAUUGAUGGUCCCAGGCGAUUCAGUGCUCCCAGCUUCCGUAGUUGGAAAGCCCAGGAUAGCCUUCCUGAACGAUUCGCCAACUAUUCGGAUUCAGGCCCUGCAUGGGCGAAUGCCGACCAUAUGACGACAGUGAGCAAAUACAAAGAUGCCACAAAGCCAUACUUGUAUGCCGACGAGUACGGUUUCCAUGCCGGUGUGCAACUCUGGCGUGGGUAUUUCAACGGUUCCGCUGGAGGAGUCAAUCUGAAAGUCCAAGGUGGAAUUGCACACGGCUGGUCUGCCUGGUUGAAUGGAGCAUUUAUCGGUUCCUUCCUCGGCGAUCUCGGCUCAUCAUCCGGAUCCAAGGAGCUCGAAUUCCCCACCGAGAGUUUGAAGGCCGAUGGGCAGAACGUCCUCCUGGUUCUGCAAGACAACUCAGGCCAUGACCAGGGAUCAGCCUCGCUGAACGUGCGCGGAAUCAUCAAUGCCACCCUCAUUGAUAGCGAAUCUGGUGGUUUCAACUCGUGGAAAGUGGCUGGUACCGCCGGGGGUGCAUCUGGUACAACCAUCGACCCCGUCCGCACAUACUACAACGAAGGCGGACUUACCGCGGAGCGUCUCGGCUGGCAUCUACCCGGGUUUGACGACUCCGAAUGGUCAACCAGUACCCCGAGCGACGGGUUCGCAGGCGCUGGUGCAAAGUUCUAUCGUGGCAUCCUUCCCCUCGAUACGCCCGCGGGCCAUGACGUCGCUUUGAGCGUGAAGAUCAGUUUCGAAGACAAAUCGUCGGAGUCGAGUAAUUUCCGUGCGUAUCUUUAUGUGAAUGGAUAUCAGUACGGGCGAUACUAUCCGUACAUCAAUAGUGCGGUCAAUACGUUCCCGGUCCCACCUGGAAUUUGGGAGUAUUCUGGAGAUAACGUUGUUGGACUUGCAGUGUGGAAUCAGGGCAGUGGAGAGGUUAGGGUUGAUAUCAAACUUCAGGUGGAUUAUGUCCUUGCUUCGGCGUUGAAUGUCAAAUUUGAUGGGGAGUAUUUGAGGCCUGGAUGGGAUGAGAGUCGUACGCAGUACGUCUGA